AAAGAGCAAACCAAAAUGGAGGGCAGUUCUAUACUCCAUUCUUUCACUAACAUUUAUUUUGCCAUUUUUGCUUUGUUUUGCUUCAAGCUUUUAAUUAAGAUUUCCUUGGCUUUGCUGACCCAUUUCUAUAUUGUUAAAGGCAACAGAAAAGAAGCUGCCAGGAUAGCAGAAGAGAUCUAUGGARUAGUCCCAGGCAGCUGGGCAGAUCGCUCYCCUCUCCAUGACGCUGCCUUCCAGGGACGCCUCCUCUCGCUGAAAACCUUGAUUGCACAGGGUUUCAACGUGAACCUGGUGACAACAGACCGUGUGUCAGCGCUCCAUGAAGCCUGCCUGGGCGGCCACGUCGCCUGCACCAAGGUGCUGCUGGAAAACGGUGCCCAGGUCAAUGCUGUCACCAUCGAUGGGAUCACACCCCUGUUCAAUGCCUGCUGCAGUGGCAGUGCUGCCUGUGCCAGCGUGCUGCUGCAAUUCGGAGCCAAGGCACAGCACGGGAACCAGCUGCCUUCACCCAUCCAUGAAGCCGUCAAGAGAGGUCACAGGGAGUGCAUGGAGACCCUGGUGGCCCACGGCGUUGACAUCGACCAAGAGGACCCGCAGCAUGGGACCCCUCUCUACGUGGCUUGCACCUACCAGAGGACAGACUGUGUCAAGAAACUUUUGGAGCUAGGAGCCAACGUGAACAUGGGGAAGCGAUUGGACACCCCCCUCCACGCAGCAGCGAGGAAAUCCAGUGUGGAGAUAGUGGUCUUGCUGACAGACUAUGGUGCUGACCCGAAAUGCAGGAAUGCUGACCUCAAAUGUGCCCUGGAUCUUGCCACACCCAACAGCAAAGUGGAGCAGGCACUUCUGCUUCGGGAAGGUCCUGCCAGCCUCGCCCAGCUGUGCCGGUUGUGCAUCAGGAAGCAUCUGGGGCGCUCGUGCCUGUACACAAUCCACAAGCUGCACCUGCCUGAGCCACUGGAGAACUUCCUCCUCUAUCGAUGAGUCUGUGACUGUCUUUAGACUGGAAAAGAAAGAGGAACAAAUAGUUGUUUACGCCAAGAUUAUAUAUCAAAGAAAAAAAUCAAAGGCAUCGUUUGCUGUCUUCUGUAGCUACCAAGCAUCAGCUGCUAUGUGACAGUGAAAAUUGAACUCUUCUUUUCACAGGCAGUGAAUGGCACUAUGGACACAGUUCCCUCAGUCUGUUGCCACACCAUUACACCAGCAUGAGAAGUUCCAGUACAUAAACAGCUCCCUUGGCACGUUUGUAGAUGCAUAUGCACAUGUCCAUUCACCCACAUACACACAGAGAUUUCCCCUGCAUUUAUUUGUGCAGUUUCUGUGCAACUCCUUUCCUUUGUCUAUCCAAUCUCAAUGUCAAAAUCAAGGUAUUAUGGAUAUUAUUAUAAGUGGGUAUUAUUCUUCCAUUAGGAUGUGAAAAUGAAAUGUGAAAAUGAAAGCUUUCAGUGAA